AUCGCAAAGCAAAGUAAAAAUAAUAAAAACAAAGAAAUCGAAAAUCAUCAAAAUUGUUAAAACGCGCCGCGUCGUCAUCCAUUAGAUCCGUAUGCAUGUGUGGGUGUGUGCGUUGAUGCAUAUCCAUGUGUGAGCUACAACAACAAAAACAGCAACAGCAACGGCAAUCGCUACAUCAAUAGUUAACAGCAUAGCUGCAGCAAUAUUUGUGGCAGUUCAUUGCAACAACAGCAGCAACAAAUAACACCCACAACAGCAACAGCCAACAUUAAAACAUCAUCAUCAACAGCAACAACAACAAUAGCAGCAGCAGCAGCAACAAGAAAGGCACAAGAUCGAUUGACAUCGAUUAACGCAUCGUGCUAAGCGGCGGGCGCUACUCGAACAUGGCGCCUCGGAUAUAGUUGUAGCUUCAUGUAGAAGGCGACAUCCAUGUGCCUCAUGCCUUGGAAAUCUAAGGCUCUCAUCGUUGGCCGCAUAGACAAUGACAGAAGAUUCCGACUCGAUAUCUGAGGAAGAACGCAGUUUGUUCCGUCCCUUUACCCGCGAAUCAUUGGUGCAAAUUGAACAACGCAUUGCCGCUGAACAUGAAAAGCAAAAGGAGCUGGAAAGAAAGAGAGCCGAGGGAGAGGUGCCGCAAUAUGGUCGCAAGAAAAAACAAAAAGAAAUCCGAUAUGAUGACGAGGACGAGGAUGAAGGUCCACAACCGGAUCCUACACUUGAACAGGGUGUGCCAAUACCUGUUCGAUUGCAGGGCAGCUUCCCGCCGGAAUUGGCCUCCACUCCUCUCGAGGAUAUCGAUCCGUACUACAGCAAUAUACUGACAUUCGUAGUUGUAAGCAAGGGAAAAGAUAUUUUUCGCUUUUCUGCAUCAAAAGCAAUGUGGCUGCUCGAUCCAUUCAAUCCGAUACGUCGUGUGGCCAUUUACAUUUUAGUGCAUCCAUUAUUUUCGUUAUUUAUCAUUACCACCAUUCUUGUGAACUGCAUUUUGAUGAUAAUGCCGACAACGCCCACGGUCGAGUCCACUGAGGUGAUAUUCACCGGAAUCUACACAUUUGAAUCAGCUGUUAAAGUGAUGGCACGAGGUUUCAUUUUAUGCCCGUUUACGUAUCUUAGAGAUGCAUGGAAUUGGCUGGACUUCGUAGUAAUAGCUUUAGCUUAUGUGACCAUGGGUAUAGAUUUAGGUAAUCUUGCAGCCUUGCGAACGUUUAGGGUGCUGCGUGCGCUUAAGACUGUAGCCAUUGUUCCAGGCUUGAAAACCAUUGUCGGCGCUGUCAUUGAGUCUGUGAAAAAUCUGCGCGAUGUGAUAAUUUUGACAAUGUUCUCCCUCUCGGUGUUCGCACUGAUGGGCCUGCAAAUCUAUAUGGGCGUGCUGACACAGAAAUGCAUUAAGAAGUUCCCUUUAGAUGGCUCCUGGGGUAAUUUAACCGACGAGAAUUGGGACUAUCACAAUCGCAAUAUCACCAAUUGGUAUUCAGAGGACGAUGGUAUAUCGUUUCCACUAUGCGGCAAUAUCUCUGGAGCAGGUCAAUGUGAGGACGAUUAUGUGUGUCUACAGGGGUUUGGACCAAAUCCGAACUAUGGUUAUACCAGUUUUGAUUCAUUUGGAUGGGCAUUUCUUUCCGCUUUCCGCUUGAUGACACAGGACUUUUGGGAAGAUCUGUAUCAGUUGGUUCUCCGCGCCGCUGGACCAUGGCACAUGCUGUUCUUUAUAGUCAUCAUCUUCCUAGGUUCAUUCUAUCUUGUGAAUUUGAUUUUGGCCAUUGUUGCCAUGUCAUAUGACGAAUUGCAAAAGAAGGCCGAAGAAGAAGAGGCUGCCGAAGAGGAGGCGAUACGUGAGGCUGAAGAGGCGGCAGCUGCAAAGGCAGCUAAGCUCGAGGAGAGGGCCAAUGCCCAGGCGCAGGCGGCGGCGGAUGCGGCUGCUGCUGAGGAGGCGGCAUUGCAUCCCGAAAUGGCAAAGAGUCCAACAUAUUCCUGUAUUAGCUAUGAGCUGUUUGUUGGUGGUGAGAAGGGCAAUGAUGACAACAACAAGGAGAAGAUGUCCAUACGUAGCGUCGAAGUGGAGUCGGAGUCGGUGAGCGUUAUACAAAGACAACCAGCACCUACCACAGCACACCAAGCUACCAAAGUUCGUAAAGUGAGCACGACAUCCCUAUCCUUACCUGGUUCACCGUUUAACAUACGCAGGGGAUCACGUAGUUCUCACAAGUACACGAUACGCAAUGGACGUGGCCGUUUUGGAAUUCCCGGCAGCGAUCGCAAGCCUCUCGUAUUGUCAACAUAUCAGGAUGCACAGCAACACUUGCCAUAUGCCGAUGACUCGAACGCCGUGACGCCCAUGUCUGAAGAGAAUGGAGCCAUCAUAGUGCCAGUUUAUUAUGGAAAUCUAGGCUCCAGACACUCAUCGUAUACCUCACAUCAGUCCCGAAUAUCGUAUACCUCACAUGGUGAUCUGCUCGGGGGCAUGGCCGUAAUGGGCGUCAGCACAAUGACCAAGGAGAGCAAAUUGCGAAAUCGCAAUACACGCAAUCAAUCAGUGGGCGCCACCAACGGCGGCACCACCUGCCUGGACACCAAUCACAAGGUCGAGCAUCGAGACUACGAAAUUGGCCUGGAAUGCACGGAUGAAGCGGGCAAGAUCAAACAUCAUGACAAUCCUUUUAUUGAGCCCGUCCAGACACAAACGGUGGUCGACAUGAAAGAUGUUAUGGUCCUGAAUGAUAUAAUUGAGCAAGCCGCUGGUCGGCAUAGUCGAGCUAGUGAUCGUGGUGUCUCCGUUUACUAUUUCCCAACAGAGGACGACGACGAGGAUGGGCCGACAUUCAAAGACAGGGCACUAGAAGUGAUCCUCAAAGGCAUCGAUGUGUUUUGUGUGUGGGACUGCUGCUGGGUUUGGUUGAAAUUUCAGGAGUGGGUCUCUUUAAUCGUCUUCGAUCCCUUUGUUGAGCUCUUCAUAACGCUGUGCAUUGUUGUGAAUACCAUGUUCAUGGCAAUGGAUCAUCACGACAUGAACAAGGAAAUGGAGCGUGUGCUCAAGAGUGGCAAUUAUUUCUUCACCGCAACCUUUGCCAUUGAGGCGACGAUGAAGUUGAUGGCGAUGAGUCCCAAAUACUAUUUCCAAGAGGGAUGGAACAUCUUUGAUUUUAUCAUUGUCGCCCUCUCACUACUCGAGCUGGGCCUCGAGGGCGUCCAGGGUCUAUCCGUGUUACGUUCUUUUCGUUUGCUGCGUGUAUUCAAAUUGGCCAAAUCUUGGCCAACACUUAAUUUACUCAUUUCGAUUAUGGGCCGCACCAUGGGCGCUUUGGGUAAUCUGACAUUUGUACUUUGCAUUAUCAUCUUCAUCUUUGCGGUGAUGGGAAUGCAACUGUUCGGAAAGAACUAUCAUGAUCAUAAAGAUCGUUUUCCGGAUGGUGAUCUGCCGCGCUGGAACUUCACAGACUUCAUGCAUAGCUUUAUGAUCGUGUUCCGGGUGUUAUGCGGUGAAUGGAUUGAGUCCAUGUGGGACUGUAUGUACGUGGGCGAUGUCUCCUGUAUUCCAUUCUUCUUGGCCACCGUUGUCAUCGGCAAUCUUGUGGUUCUUAACCUUUUCUUAGCCUUGCUUUUGUCAAAUUUUGGUUCAUCUAGUUUAUCAGCACCGACUGCCGACAAUGAUACGAACAAAAUAGCCGAGGCAUUUAAUCGAAUUGGUCGUUUUAAAAGUUGGGUUAAGCGUAAUAUUGCUGAUUGUUUCAAGUUAAUACGUAACAAAUUGACAAAUCAAAUAAGUGAUCAACCAUCAGAGCAUGGUGACAACGAGUUGGAACUGGGACACGACGAGAUCCUCGCCGAUGGUCUAAUCAAGAAAGGUAUCAAGGAGCAGACACAGCUGGAGGUAGCCAUUGGUGAUGGCAUGGAGUUUACGAUACACGGCGACAUGAAGAACAAUAAGCCGAAGAAAUCCAAAUAUCUUAAUAAUGCAACGAUGAUUGGCAACUCAAUUAACCACCAAGACAAUAGACUGGAACACGAGCUAAACCAUAGAGGUUUGUCCUUACAGGACGACGACACUGCCAGCAUUAACUCAUAUGGUAGCCAUAAGAAUCGACCAUUCAAGGACGAAAGCCACAAGGGUAGCGCCGAAACGAUGGAAGGCGAGGAGAAACACGACGCCAGUAAAGAGGAUUUAGGUCUCGACGAGGAGCUAGACGAGGAGGGCGAAUGCGAGGAGGGCCCACUCGACGGUGAUAUCAUAAUACAUGCUAACGAUGAGGAUAUACUUGACGAGUAUCCAGCUGAUUGCUGCCCCGAUUCGUACUAUAAGAAAUUUCCAAUCUUAGCCGGUGACGAUGAUUCGCCGUUCUGGCAAGGAUGGGGCAAUUUACGACUGAAAACUUUUCAAUUAAUUGAAAAUAAAUAUUUUGAAACAGCUGUUAUCACUAUGAUUUUAAUGAGUAGCUUAGCUUUGGCUUUAGAAGAUGUACAUCUGCCACAAAGGCCCAUAUUGCAGGAUAUUUUAUACUAUAUGGACAGAAUAUUUACGGUUAUAUUCUUCUUGGAGAUGUUAAUCAAGUGGUUGGCCCUCGGCUUCAAAGUGUACUUCACGAAUGCGUGGUGUUGGCUUGAUUUCGUCAUUGUCAUGGUAUCGCUUAUCAACUUCGUUGCUUCACUUGUUGGAGCUGGUGGUAUUCAAGCCUUCAAGACUAUGCGAACGUUAAGAGCACUGAGACCACUACGUGCCAUGUCCCGUAUGCAGGGCAUGCGGGUCGUCGUUAAUGCGCUGGUACAAGCUAUACCGUCCAUCUUCAAUGUGCUAUUGGUGUGUCUAAUAUUUUGGCUAAUUUUUGCCAUAAUGGGUGUACAGCUUUUUGCUGGAAAAUAUUUUAAGUGCGAAGACACAAAUGGAACGAAGCUCAGCCAUGAGAUCAUACCAAAUCGCAAUGCAUGCGAGAGCGAGAACUACACGUGGGUGAAUUCAGCAAUGAAUUUCGAUCAUGUAGGUAACGCGUAUCUGUGCCUUUUCCAAGUGGCCACCUUCAAAGGCUGGAUACAAAUAAUGAACGAUGCUAUCGAUUCACGAGAGGUGGACAAGCAGCCGAUUCGUGAAACGAACAUCUACAUGUAUUUAUAUUUCGUGUUCUUCAUCAUAUUUGGAUCAUUUUUCACACUCAAUCUGUUCAUUGGUGUUAUCAUUGAUAAUUUUAAUGAGCAAAAGAAAAAAGCAGGUGGAUCAUUAGAAAUGUUCAUGACAGAAGAUCAGAAAAAGUACUAUAAUGCUAUGAAAAAGAUGGGCUCUAAAAAACCAUUAAAAGCCAUUCCAAGACCAAGGUGGCGUCCACAAGCAAUAGUCUUUGAAAUAGUAACCGAUAAGAAAUUCGAUAUAAUCAUUAUGUUAUUCAUUGGUCUAAACAUGUUCACCAUGACACUCGAUCGUUACGAUGCGUCGGACACGUACAACGCGGUCCUUGACUAUCUGAAUGCGAUAUUCGUAGUUAUUUUCAGUUCCGAAUGUCUAUUAAAAAUAUUCGCUUUACGAUAUCACUAUUUUAUUGAGCCAUGGAAUUUAUUUGAUGUAGUAGUUGUCAUUUUAUCCAUCUUAGGUCUCGUACUUAGCGAUAUUAUCGAGAAAUACUUCGUCUCACCGACGCUGCUCCGUGUGGUGCGCGUGGCAAAAGUGGGUCGCGUCCUGCGUCUGGUGAAAGGUGCCAAGGGCAUUCGAACAUUGCUCUUUGCCCUGGCGAUGUCCUUGCCGGCUCUGUUCAACAUUUGCCUGCUGCUCUUCCUGGUAAUGUUCAUCUUCGCGAUCUUCGGCAUGUCGUUCUUCAUGCACGUGAAGGAGAAGAGCGGCAUCAACGAUGUCUACAAUUUCAAGACCUUUGGCCAGAGCAUGAUUCUGUUGUUUCAGAUGUCAACCUCAGCCGGUUGGGAUGGUGUACUCGACGCCAUUAUCAAUGAGGAAGCAUGCGAUCCACCCGACAACGACAAAGGCUAUCCGGGCAAUUGUGGUUCAGCGACCGUUGGAAUAACGUUUCUCCUCUCAUAUCUAGUUAUAAGCUUUUUGAUAGUUAUUAAUAUGUACAUUGCUGUCAUUCUUGAGAACUAUAGUCAGGCCACCGAAGAUGUGCAGGAGGGUCUAACCGACGACGAUUACGAUAUGUACUAUGAGAUCUGGCAGCAAUUUGAUCCAGAGGGCACACAAUACAUACGCUACGAUCAGUUAUCUGAAUUUUUAGAUGUCCUCGAACCGCCGCUACAGAUCCAUAAACCGAAUAAGUACAAAAUCAUAUCGAUGGACAUACCCAUCUGUCGCGGUGAUCUCAUGUACUGUGUGGACAUACUCGACGCCCUCACCAAAGACUUUUUCGCGCGCAAAGGCAAUCCAAUUGAGGAGACUGGCGAAAUCGGUGAAAUUGCCGCACGACCCGACACCGAGGGCUAUGAGCCCGUAUCCUCAACACUCUGGCGACAGCGGGAAGAGUAUUGUGCCCGUCUGAUUCAGCAUGCGUGGCGCAAACACAAAACGCGCGUCGAAUGUGGCGGUGGCAGCAGUGAUGAUGCAGAUCACGGUCACGAUCCCGGUCACGAUCACGAUCAUGAUGCUGAUGGCGAUGCCGAUCCCGAUGCCGAUGUCGAUCGCGAUGCGGAUGCGGAUGUGGAUGCCACCAACGAUGCUGAUCAUCAUGAUGAUGCUGCUACCGCCGGUGGCAAUGAUCAUCAUGCUGAUAAUCCAGAUGCCCCCGUUGCAGUUAAUGCAGCAGCUCAUGCUGCUGUUGAUUCAAUCGAUGAGCCCAAAAACAAUGUAAAUAGUCCAAUGGAAGGAGCUGGCAACAGCAACGGCAACGGCAGUCCCGGCGGCCAAAGCGCCGGCAGUGGCGGCAGCGCCGGUCGCCAAACGGCCGUUCUCGUCGAGAGCGAUGGUUUUGUGACAAAAAACGGCCACAAGGUUGUAAUACACUCGCGAUCGCCGAGCAUAACAUCGCGCACGGCAGAUGUCUGAGCCAGGCCUCGCCCCCCCCUCCAAGACGCACGCGAGUAUUAGGAGCAGCAGCAGCAGGCAACAACAACAACAACAGCAACAACAU